AUCUGCCGUAAAUUCCCACGAAGCACUCAGUAAUCGAAUCGCUCGUCUAUCGACUGCCUUCCUCAUUGACGGGCCGCAUCGUGUGGCAGACCAAACUAAUCGAUCCAUGUUUGACUGGUUCGCUCUCGGAUUUCCUGGUCAGAUGAGAGCGCGGAAAACACGCCAACAAAACAUCACUCUCACUCUCUAUCACAUCAGAAGUCUACUGUUAAUAUAACUUAAUCGGCCAGUGAUCGCACUGAGUAAAGGACUAGAUUUCAAGUUAUCUGUGUGUUCUUCUUGUAUCCGCGUUAAACAUGUCUGCGUCCGCUGGCGGUGCUGUAUCCCCGGGCUCGGCCCUCUCUCCCGGUCCCGCCGCGGCUCCCGGCCCCGGUAUGUCCAUGUUCCGAUGGCUGGAGGUGCUGGAGAAGGAGUUUGACAAGGCGUUUGUGGAUGUGGAUCUGUUGCUGGGAGAGAUCGACCCGGAUCAGGCUGAUAUCACAUAUGAGGGCCGUCAGAAGAUGACCAGCCUCAGCUCAUGUUUUGCUCAGCUGUGUCAUAAAUCCCAAACCAUCUUUCAGCUCAACCACAAACUAGAGGCUCAGCUGGUGGACUUGCGGUCGGAGCUGACAGAUGUCCAGGCAGAGAAGGCUGUGGUGGAGAAGGAGGUUCACGAACAACUUCUUCAACUCCACGCCAUGCAGCUCAAACUCCAAGCCAAAGGCGGACAGGCGGUCGACUCUGACUCCAUCAAGGACAGGAUGCCUGUUCCCUCAGUGGAGGACAAGGAGAAGGAACUGGAGGCCAGUAAGAAGGAAAAAGUGAAGGAGGCCAAGUUGGAGGCAGAGGUGAAGAUGUUGAAGAAAGAGAACGAGGCUCUCCGCAGGCACAUUGCGGUACUACAGGCUGAGGUGUACGGAGCCAGACUGGCAGCCAAGUAUCUGGACAAAGAGCUGGCUGGGAGGGUGCAGCAGAUCCAGUUGCUCGGGCGAGACAUGAAAGGACCAGCUCAUGACAAGCUGUGGAACCAGCUUGAAGCUGAAAUUCACCUGCACCGCCACAAAACUGUGAUCCGAGCCUGCAGGGGGCGCAAUGAUCCCAAAAAACCCCUGCCAUCACCUGUGGGGCAUAACACAGAUUCUCUGAAAAAGACUCAGGGAGUCGGCCCUAUUCGCAAAGUGGUUUUGACCAAAGAAGAUCAUGAAGGACUUGGCAUCUCCAUUACCGGCGGGAAAGAGCACGGCGUUCCCAUCCUCAUCUCCGAAAUACACCCCACCCAGCCUGCAGAGCGCUGCGGAGGACUGCAUGUGGGAGAUGCCAUCUUAGCCGUCAACAACAUCAACCUGAGAGAUGCAAAGCACAAAGAGGCCGUCACCAUCCUCUCACAGCAGAGGGGAGAAAUUGAGUUUGAGGUGGUUUACGUGGCUCCAGAGGUGGACUCUGACGAUGAGAACGUGGAGUAUGAAGAUGACAGCGGACACCGCUAUCGUCUGUACCUGGACGAGCUGGAGGAGGGAUCAGGAGCCAAUCACAAUAAUGGCACUGCCGACCCUGCUUCCCUUCAAGCUGUAGGGAAGCACUUAGUGAACAACAGAACAGAGAAUGGAGAUGCUGCCUUGUCCAGUGAAAGUCCUUCAGACGACAAGACCUCCAAGACAGCAGAGUCUGCAGAGAGUUCCUCCUAGAUCUCCAGACGGAUCCUGGAGAUGAGAGAGAGAGAGAGAGAGAGGAGCAUCAGAUGAGGAGACGGAGACCAGAAAGAGAUUAAGACUGCACAUGUAUAAUAUGUAACAUACCAGAUUCUUGUUUUAUGCCGUUUGGAGAACAGACUGCUUCGACGUCCACUGGAGAUGAAUGAACCGUUGAGAAACACUGAGGGAAGAGGACAUACAGUUACUCAGUGGCCACAAUGGAUUGUUUGCAUAUGUACGUCACCAUCUUGGUUUAUUCUUGUAAAGAAACACUUAAGGGGACAAAAUGAAUAUUCACGUAGAUGAGUAAAGUGAUUGGAUGGA